AUGGAUAAGCCGGAAGGUAACGAAAAUUCAACAGUUACAAAUGGUCAGGGUCAGGUUAAGGAAGAAAAAUACAGGGACGUUGAUUGUUUCGAUUUGAACGUAAUUAAAGAAGAAGAAUUCGAUCAGCAUGUCGUUUACAUAGUUCCUGACGUUCACACGGAACCCAAUUGUACGAAUCGUGCCGAAGCAUCCCUACCCCGUAAUUUGAUACUCAAACCAUCUCAAGCAUUAAGCGACGUUUUGGGAGUCUGGAGCACUGGUUACAUACCUAGAGGUACGAGAUUCGGUCCGUUGGUCGGAGAAAUAUAUGCAAAAGAUUCAGUGCCGCAAACGGCCAAUAGGAAAUAUUUUUGGAGGGUGUACAAAGAAAAUGAAUUAUUUUAUUAUAUCGACGGUUACGACGUUGCCAAAUCUAAUUGGAUGAGAUACGUUAAUCCGGCAUAUUCGUCGGAAAGUCAAAAUUUAAUAGCUUGCCAAUAUAAAAUGUGUAUUUAUUUUUACACGAUAAAACCCAUACUUCCAAAUCAAGAAUUACUCGUUUGGUAUUGCAAAGAAUUUGCCGAAAGGCUCAACUAUCCUCUCACAGGAGAAUUGAUGCUCCUGAGAAUAAGACAACAAGUUCAACAGCAAUCGAUUGUGACGCCUCAAAAAAUCGCAACGGAUAAAAAUACCAAAGAUUCAGAUGCGGUCGCGGUAGUGGGUUCGGCAACAGCAGGAGGAGCAGGAGCAGGAGUAGCAGUAGUAGCAGCAGCAUCAUCGCAAUCUCCUGAAAUUUAUCAGGUCGUUAGAAACGAAGACAGGGUAACAGAUUUGUACGAGAAAACAAGCAAGGAAAUAACGGGAAGGAGGAAUUCGUCGUAUAGAUUGACGGAUUACGAUUUACAAUCGAGAUCUUCACCGCAGAGAAGUCCCACGGGACCGUAUGAAGGAAUUCCAAGAAAUUCUCCCGAAUACGAUCCGCCGCAAAGGGGAUCACCGGGAAACGGAGUGAGAACAUCGCCGCAAAGGAGUUCGCCUGGUUCGUACGAAAGUAUGCCUUGUUCUUACGAGGCACCACAAAGGAAUUCUCCGGGAGGUUGUAACGGAAGCGUGAGAUCGGAUGAAGGGUAUCACAGCACUGAAUAUCACGAAUUGACACCACCGGAAGAUUCGAGCGAUGACGAUUCCGACAAUUACGUGUUGGAUUACAGCAGUAAAAAAGACACCGGUUCUGGAGAAAAACCUAAACCGACAACGGAAUCACAUAUAGCUCCACCUGUGCACACCGUUGUUCAAUCCCUCGACACAAAUAAAAACGAAUACAGAAAAGUUAAAAUUAAAAUUAAUAAGACUUAUCAAAGCUACGAGGAAAAACAACCGGAAAAAAUGGAAAUUUCCGAACUCCCAAUGCAGCAGCAGCAGCCGCAACAGCAACAACAACAGCAUCCUUUGAUACCACCCCAACCGCAAAAUCCUACACCGGUUUUAACGACUCCGCUACAAAUUCCAACUCCGGCCGAAAGUCCAAAAAUGACGGUUCUUUCUCCGACUCUACAAGAACCAAGGGUUCAAGUUGCUCCUAGAUCGACAAAUCCUUGUUAUUACGAAGAAGAAAACGUCGUCAACAGUACAUCCGCCCCGAGAAUUCAACCGACUCCUCCCACGGGAAGCAUAUUAGAAAAUAUUUUACUACGAAAUCGUAAGGACGGUAACAAACCCAUGACGGAUAGGAAAACCGGGUCGAAACCGGAAGACACGAAAGAUAAUCAAAAACUGAAAAAAUUUUCACACAACGGCGUCGUUGGAAAUUACGAUAAAUUGGAAACGACGAAAGAAGUGACUCCACCUCCGACGUCACCCACGGAAAUGGCGUAUUCGUAUAAGAAAUCGCAAAGAUACCAGUGCAGUCCGGAUAGCAGUUCGAAUACGAAAACGAGUCGAACGCCAUCACCGAAUUCUUCGUCUUAUCCCACGGAUUAUCAGUAUCAGAACAAUUAUUACGUUUAUCAAAAUCAAUAUCAGCCCUACGAAAAAUCCGUUUCGCCAACGUAUCAAAUGUUAACGAUACCCAGUUCGGGAGAGUUCAGGAGUUACACGGGACUUCAAACGAUGCCACCCUCUCCGGACAACGGAGUGUGCAGGCCGACAUCUCCCCUCAGCCCGAAUUCAUCAUCGUCAUCCUCUCGCGGUUUUCGAUCUCUCCCGUAUCCGUUAAAAAAGAAAGAUGGUAAAAUGCAUUACGAAUGCAACGUUUGUUUUAAAACGUUCGGACAAUUGAGUAAUUUGAAAGUACAUUUAAGAACGCAUUCGGGCGAACGUCCUUUUAGGUGUAAUGUUUGUACAAAAAGUUUCACGCAAUUAGCUCACUUGCAAAAACAUCAUCUCGUGCAUACCGGGGAAAAACCUCACCAGUGUGACAUUUGCAAGAAAAGGUUUAGUUCCACGUCGAAUCUUAAAACACAUUUAAGGCUGCACAGCGGUCAAAAACCUUAUGCCUGCGAUUUGUGUCCGGCAAAAUUCACACAAUUUGUUCACUUGAAACUACAUAAAAGACUGCACACCAACGAGAGACCUUACACUUGUCAAGGCUGUUCAAAAAAAUACAUAAGUGCAAGUGGAUUGAGAACUCAUUGGAAAACUACUAGCUGUAGGCCAAAUACGCUAGAAGAAGAAUUAGCAAUAGCUCAAAUGGCUGGUUCCCCGACAGCUGGAAGUUAUUACGAAUACGUCGGAUCGGACGGAAGCAUGGGAAGUGGGGAAAAGGAAAUUCACGACAACGAUUCGAGGGAUUCGUUCGAUUUGAAAUUUCAACAACCUUUGCACAUACACACGAACGGAACCCAAGAAACCAGGCCGUCGGUCAUUGAAACGUCACAGGGUCACGUGAUCGAAUGUACUUAA